AUGGUGAACGGCCUGAGCGGUGCUCUGAACAGCGCUGUGAGCGCCAGUUUGAACGCGGCUGGCGACAGCAGCGUGGUGUCGGGCCUCACGAAUCUUCUGCCCCAGCAGGCUGGCAUGCUGCGUAGCGUGCUGACUUCAUGCAAUGGCCUGCAGUCUCUCCAGGCCGGUGCUGGCGAUCUUCAGAUCCUCAAGAUUGGCUCGGACUACCUGGUCACAUACUACCUCUACGCAGCUGGAGUCACCAAGGCUCCAGAAUCUCAGGCCAUCUUCAAGGGCAGCCCCUGCAGCAAUGCUGCUUCAGCAGUCCUCACCCUCCCUGGCACAUGGCAGCCCAUGAGCCCUGUGUCUUGGUCGCUGGCCAAUGUCGUGAAGGUGUCGGCUGCUGACGUGGCGGAUGUGCUCGCAUCACUCCAAGUGGUCACCAAUGAUGACCUUUACCUCGGAUUUUCCGGGGCUGACGGGUCACUCUCAGGAAAAAUGAUUGGUGGGAAGCUGUGA